GAGAAACAGAGAGAAAAAAGAGCCAUGUCCGGGUAAUGAGAGGCUAAGCUUUUUUCCUCUCCCCACUCGGCUCUUUUUGCGGCUGCCGUAUUUCGGGGAGGAGGAGAAACCACUGUAGCUUGAGGAGGGGAGUUUGCGUCCUUCUCUCCCCCCCUCCAGUGCAAGGAAUGAUGGAACUGCCGGUGCGUAGGCUCGGGGCCGGGAGGAAGUAGUGAGGGUCUUCUCUCUGCCCAUUCUUAAUUGCAGUCUAGAGACAUUCCUCGCACCGAAGCCGCCGCAUCUUGGGUUUCUUAAGCCUUGGAGCCUUUUCCUUGCCUUGAUUUAUAUAUUUAUUUGGGCUUUUUAAUAUCAUCUCUGGCUUUUUAACCCUUGGAGCUCCCUUUACGGUCUUCUUAACCGUAAUCCUUUGGAACUCCCUGCCUCUUGACUACCAGGGUGAAGCCCUUGGAAGGGAGGGAGAGAGCAGUUGCGCGUAUCUGUGCCCUCCUCUCUCGGAAUCCCGCUCCAGUCCAGCAGUUUUUUUCUAUUGCAGGGAAUUCUCCUCUUUCCUCCGGCCACUCGCUCCUCCGUGGCGGGCAGUGAUGUUGCUGCCGCCUCGCUCCUCCUUCCUGCUGAUAACUAAAUGGAACGGUAAAGAUCAAAACAGCCCCAGCUCUUAACUUCGAAAAUGUGGCAAAAUAUUGGCCUGGCAUUGUUGGUAUUCGUGGCCACGCUGGCUUGCUUCCUGCUGUUCAUGAUUAUUGGUUGGUACGUUGUCUGGCACCUCUUCUUAUCCAGGUUCCGGUUCUUACGAGAGCUGAUAGGAGACACGGGGAAUAAUGCAGUUGUUGAGCCAGAAGCUGAACAGGAUAUUCCACCCAUGCCACAGAGAAGAUCUGCACGGCAGCGAAGGGCACCUGCUGAAGAAGCAACUUAAGAAAGGCUUACUGGACAGUCCUCAAGAGAUUGGUGGACGACCCUUUUGUGGCUCAUUAGUUUGGUUCUACCGAUAUGCUGAACGAGAACGACAUAGUAAUUGUGAAUUCCUUUACUCCUGGAAUUUAACUAUACAUUACUUCAGAAGAGAGUCAGACAAGCUUUUAAUGGAAAGCAGGAUUAAACUAGGAAAAAGGGGGCUAGCAGAGCGGAAAUGGUUCCUACCUGUUGUGGAGCACAGUUGGCAGGAUGGCGUGCCUGGAUCUGUCCCGCAGUGGUUAUGCCUAGCUUUUGCCCCAGUGUGAAUGUGUUGAUAAGCUUUUCAAAGUUGAAAAUGGUUACUGGCUGCUUUUAUAUAGGACUGCAACUAAUUGCAGCUUGUCUCUAUUGUGAUUCUUCAUUUAUACAUUUUAUAAAGAGAAAGCAUAUAUCCCUUUGGCCUUAUCAGUGGACACAAGGGUGUUCUGCUUUAGUCAAUGACCUAAAAGGGUGCCUCUUUCCAUAAGCUAAAUUCAUUAUUAGGCUCAUGAAGAGACUUUAACAACUGACUUAAAGAUAAUUAGGUGAUGAAACCUGGGAUUUUAGUUUCAGUGCAGGACAGUUUCCAGAUUUGUUUUUUAAACCUUAAUGUGUCACCAAAUCCUUUUUAUUUCCCUAAGAGGACAGGAGCAUAUGUUACAAACCUCUAUCCAAUGUCAUUUUUUUUAAAAAAAGGAACUAACUAGUUGGCUUUAAAAUGGAUAUUUGGGGGUAGGGGAGGGGGCUUGUUUGUUUUUUGCAUUCUUUGCACCAAAAUCAACUGUAGUUAGUUACAGAAUUCUGACAAAGCAAAUGUUUUUAACCAUAAUUUCACCAUAUUCCUAAAUGCUGUGACUGGGACCUUUGCAUUUUUUGUUCUUCAGAUAAAUGAUCAGUUUAGCAAAUACUUAUACUUUGCCUUUGGGUGAACAGUAGCUUCCACUUGUUUGAUGCUGCAUUCAGUCCUGCUCAAUGCAUAAACCUACAACUGUAACUGUAGUAGGAGAUAACUGAUACUGACUGAACCAGUGGUAGGUAAGAGAUGAUGAUGAUGCCUCCAGGACACUCAACUCCAGGGUGCAACCUGUUGAGUUGUGUUGAUUUUCACCUAGUUCAGCAUCUUGCAGUUCUGCUCAGCAAAGACUACAGAAAAGUGUCUUAAUGCUUCAUAGCAGCUAAAAGCAAGCCUUCCUGCUGUCUAAAGCUAUAGACUGGUCAUCUUGAAAAGCAACAUUGAGUGACCUCAUUCAGGAUCUGACAUAUGGGUCAAGAGCCUUUUGUUCAUUUUGGAUUUUUGUUAUUGUUGUUCCUUGUCUGGUUAUCUGUGGACACUCUUUGGGAAAGCCAAAUGGGUCUUUGAGUUUUGAAGAUGACAGUAUUUACAAACUCAUCAAUGGCUGAUAUCUUUCCACCGUCCAAAGAAAUUUUUAUCAUUCAAAUACACACCUUGGUUGCUCUAUUCUUUUGUUGUUAGAUGUUCCUCCUUGUUCGAUUUUUUAAUUAAUAUAUAUUGGAGCAUGUAAUGAACAUGGCAUUACAGGCCUGUUACUGCACGACAACAAACCUGGCUUUGUACACCUAAAAAAGUAACAUUCUUAAAUCUGAAGAUGUUGCAAAUGAGAACCCAAGUUAACAAACAGAUUUCCUUAACUGGCUUCUUGUAGGUGGAUGGAGUGGAAGGAAAUUAAAUAAUGCCAGUUGUUUUCAGACUAACCUGCCUCAUUUCUGUCCCCCCAACCCUUUCCGCAAAUGGUUGCCUUACAGGAUUUAUAUGAUGACAGUCCACUUGAUGAUACCAGCUUUUUUCAGUGCCACUUUUUUUUUUUACGGACAUUCUGUGUUCUUGAAAGCCAAUGACCAGUCCCUGCUUCCCGCUGGACUGUGUUGCGCCCGUUGAUUUUCAGGGGUUGCCAAUCUUUUGGGGCCUAUGGGCACAUUUUCAAACCAGAGAAACUGUUGUGGGCACCACACCUCCACAUACUGCAUACGAGCACACACCAGCUUGUUCUAUUGGCUCCUGUAAAAUGCUUCUUUCAUGCCUAACUUCAGUGGAGGCAAGGGGAGGAGUCCCUGAAAAGGCCUUUGUGGGCACAUGGGGGCCAUGUUGGCAACCCUGUCUGAAGUGUUAAUCCCAUUUCUGAGCACUGAUUUUUCUCCAUAAUAGAUCUUCUGAAAAAGCCUCACUUAAGGAGGAAUUAAAACAUUGAUGUGGAAGGGCUCCAUACAACUGUGUCCAUCCCUGCUGCAGCUUGGUGAAAUGUCUGUAUCAAAUAACUGCAGAGCUGGGAAACUACUGCUUGUUGUCUUUGCCUGCUGAAUGUAGGAAUGACUUCCACUGGCCAGUAUCAAGAGCUAGUGAAAUUGCAGCACUACAGACCUGUAGCAAGGUUAUGUUCAAAACAGAAGCCUGAGCUUGAGACUAAGCUAUCAAGGACUUCUUGACUGUGGGUUUUCUUUUGAUACAGCGUUCAGUAACAUGGCAUAGAGGGUUCAGUUUGUUUACUCAAGACCCUUCUGACUAGAUUGGUUUCCUUUGUUGUGCUGCUCCUUGAGAGGGACACCUGGAAUUGCUUCCUUUUGACAUUUUGAAAAGUAACCAAUGCUGAGUAAUGCUGUUGCGCCUAUUGUUUUGAUACCAAUAACACUGUAUUUGCCAACAAUGUAGCACUUUUACAGCUAUGUUUGCACAUCAUCUGCUUGGUCCAGUACCAAGCAGCUUCUGUCUUAUACCACAUCCAAUCAGUUGUAGAUCUAGUAUCCUCUCUUCCCACCAAGACCCCUCUGGCGUCCCAGUAACAUUUGGCCAUUUUGAAAGGUUUAUUAAAAUGCUUUGCAAAUUAGCCAUGUACUGAAGUCAUAAACAUUUUCUACUAAAACAGAGAUGGAUGUUGCUGGACUCCCAUCUCCCAUAAUCCCUGACCAUUGGCUGUGCUGACUGGGGUUGAUGGGAACUGGAGUCCAACAACAUCAGAAGGGCCACAGGUUCCCCAGCCUGUGCUAAAAGGUUCUUAGUUGAACCAUGAUGCUAUUUAGAGCCCCUAAAAUGGCUGAGGAAAGAUCCCUGGAGGCCUGCUUUGGGGGACAAGGUGUUAUCUUUGGGCUAGAAGCAUCCCCUUCUUUAUGGAAGAAUCGGGUGGAUGGGCUGUGUCACCAUUUCCUUUACAUUGGAUCAUGCGGAGCUGGGAUGUAAGUACAUAGCUGUAACUUCCCAGUCCCAUAAAUAUCCCAAAAGCAGAGAGUGAGGAGCUUUCAGGGACAAUGGAUUGAGGCAGUGGAGCUGGUGGAAGCCAAUUAUCUUUCCUGGUGCCAAAUUGGGCAAAAAGGUGCCAGUCUGAUACAUUUCAAAUCAGUUUUUCCUUAACACAGUCUUGCAUUUAAUUUAAAAAAACCCUACAAAAAAUACAUUCUUGCUCAUGAACCUGUACCAAUGUGCCACAGUUUUAACAUGCCCCAAAGGCUAACGGUAGGUGUGACAUUCCUGUGUCUCUGGGAUUACCACCUUCUGAUUCCCAAAUGCCUGGAUCAGGAAAUCCCCAGAAAGUCUGCCUCAGCCUGAGUUAGAUAUGCCCUCUGAACCACAAGCUUCAGCCCAACUACCUUUUCUCCAAAAGGUGCCCACUGGUGUAAUCUGUCUGUAAAAUUGGUGUAGGUACAGUAUGGUAGCACUCUUGACCAAGCUGACAGGUGGGAUGUUGAAUCAAAGAAAUAAACUAUUGUAUACAAGAUGUUGUGAUAAUAAAUGAAUGAUUGUCCCUAUCCUACCUACCUAUCCUGCCCAACUAAUCUCAAUGAAAUCCUCCCCCCAAACCCUAGCCCUUUUAAUUAGAUGUUCUCUUCUUGAUCUGUAAUCCUAUUUAACGCUGACAAACCCCAACAUUUUUUCUCUUCAAAACUCCCCUUGGAAUUCUCACUCACAUGCCCCCUUCCACCUGUCAGUCAUACCUCAUUUGCACCUAUUUACAUUCUAUUAACGCUUUCUUACCCGAACACAAUUUCAAAACAGUUUUAAACAUACAAAUAAUUCUGAUUUCAUUACAGUAGGGUUGCCUAAUUGCAGCUAUUCCUUAAUUGACAAACUAGUUGGAGUUGGACAAAUCCUGUAAAGACAGAUCUUAGCAACAAGACUAGUUAGAAUAGAUUGAAGUUGUACAAUUGGGUUAAAAUGUUACACCUUUAGAAUGUUUUUUCUGCUGGUGUUCUGAGUAGACGUUUGCAUCUUUGAAACUUAGAGCAAGUUGCACUUCCCAAGGCAUUACUUUUUUUGUGAAAGUUGUAUGAUAGGCAUUGCAGUCCUGUACAAGUUUACUUGGGAAUUUACCACUGGGCUCAUUUGUGAUUAGUCCUUGAUAAGUGUGCAGAGAGUUGCAGCCUUAGGCCACUACAAGUGUGGCAAGCUACUACACUGAAAGUACUUCCAUGGGGAAAAUGACAUGGAAUGCGUAGAUAGAUUGUUGCUUGCACGAGUGGCAUUAUGUGUGUGUCACUUUGCACGUUGUGAAAGACGUGCACUGUCAUUACACGUGUUUUACAAGAAGGAGUCUUGCCUUUUUUAACAUGGCUCUUUGUCCUAGGUUUCACCAAAAUGCAACAAAUUUCAUCUGGAACCCUUACAAAUCUCUCUCUCUCUCUCUCUCUCACCCACCCACCCACCCACCACUCACUCACUCUUUAUAUAUAGAUAGAUAGAUAGAUCUCCAUGUAGCAAAAACAUCUUAGCUGUUGCCAAGCUUUUCUUCAUAUUUUAAAUUAUGGAAUUUUAAUAUAUGUUGGGACUUUUAUGGUUGUAGUUGUUGUUUCCUUUUUAGUAGUGCAACCAUUUUAAUGAAUAUGGGAUUUAAUACUUUUACCUGCUAGCUGCAUAUGUCCAUAUCACUUCUAUAGAUAGGUUGGCUAAACACUGAGCAUGCAGACAUAUAUUGUAUAUGACAUAAAAAGGGAAAACUGUUGAGAAUGCUUGAAGAUUAAAAGGUCAAUUACAGUUAAAAUUAACAGAAGAAUGAGGUUAACUGUAUUCUAGUAGAUACUGUUUUUUCCCUAUGAAGAUCUCAUUUAAGAUCCAUUUGCCUGCAGAAUGCUCCUUUGUCUUUGCUCCAGUGAAACCAGUGGACAUCACAUUGCAGAAAUGCCAGGUAGAUUUGUUAAAUAACAAAUUCUGUAUCAUUUAUUCACAGAAUGCUGCUAUUGCAAUCAUCUAUACGAAAUGGCACAUGAUGCAUCACAGCUGAUGUGAUGUUUUACUACUUAUGGUGGCAUUUGCUUUGAGUUACCUUACACCUGUAUAUAUUCCAACAUUAGUCAUGCCCAGCAUUACUUGUAGAUGGCAACAGUAACACAUGAGGCCUCCUGUUUUCAUCUGUGUUCAUUGCUUAAAAAUACAUGUACCAAAUGCUUUUGUGUGUUCUGUGAUCCAUUAUGUUAACUAUUUUCUUUCUCUUUUACUUCUAACUUAAAUUGACUCCACAAAUAAUUUGACAAAUAAAAUGUAAAUAACCCAGCUUGAUAUGAGUG